UGGAAUUUUAAGUUCAAAUUUCAAAAACGCAUUCAUUUGAUUCUCUGCACAUCAACAACAGAUCUCUCUGAUAAUUUGAUUCCCUUUUUCUCAUGCUCUUCGGUUUUACUGUUUCUGAUUUGUCGUCAUGAACCGGAGCUCGAGGGAUUCCUUCGCCGGAGGAAGGAGUGUCCUAAACGGAUCGCAGCAUCGGAGAGGGAGGAGUAUCUCCGGAGUGACAAAGGAUACGGAUGAGAACUUGGAUCUCUUCUCCAGGAAUCGCCGGAGCUUGUCUGUUACAUCAUCUGAUGAAUCUGACGUAGUUGCAGUGUCACUUAAAUUGGGGAGACUUUCAGGUGGAUCAGCAAAACCAGCUAGUAAUGGAGCGGAUGAUCUACUUUCAUCAGUAGAUGGAGGCAAGCACGAUUAUGAUUGGCUUCUCACUCCUCCUGGAACUCCCCUUGUUUCUUCGUUGGAUUCUACUGAGCCUCAAUCAACUUUACUGGCUCCUAGGAGCAGUUCCUCUGUUAGAUCUGCCUCCACCACCAAGGCUUCAAGGCUUUCAGCAACACAUUCAGAUAAUAGUUAUUCCUCAAAACCAAUUAGAAGUAGUUCAGUUACUCGCCCUUCCAUAUCAUCUACUGUGCACCACAAUACCUAUUCCUCCAAUUCUAACAGGUCCUUCUCAAUUCUCAACACCAGCUCAAUGUCAGUUACAUCUUCUAGACCAUCUACUCCAACUAGCCGUUCAAGUUCUACAGCAAGACCUAUAACUCAAUCUGCACGUCCAGUGCAAUCACGAUCAUCUACUCCUGCCAAAUCACGGCCAGCUCCCACCAGUUCUUAUGGAGAGAAAACUCGAGUUACCCAGAACUCAAGACCAUCAACCCCAACUAACGGACAUCAAACCCUUGGAAACUUGAGUUCUAUAUCCACUCGAUCAAAUUCACGGCCAUCAACUCCCACUCGUCGGACCCCUACUCCAGCUCCUGCUUCAGCUCCAGCACCAGGUCGCUCCAUUUCUGUGGGACGGGUCCUUCCAAAUGGCCGGAAUCCAGCACCGCCAUCUCGAGGAAGCUCUCCAGGUCCACGACCACGCCCUCCACAGCAGCCAAUUGUUCCCCCUGAUUUCCCACAUGAAACACCACCAAACCUAAGGACAACAUUGCCAGACCGACCUGUAUCUGCUGGUAGAUCUCGCCCAGGUGUUGCAGUCACUGCCAGGGGAAACUCAGAGGCAUCAGGGCCUGUAAAUCCACCACGCAGGCAGCCAUCACCUAUUGUCACGAGGGGGAGGCUUCCUGAAAUUUCUGGAAGGGGCCGGUUGCAUGCCAAUGGACACGACAUUGGUGCACCUGAAUCACAGAAGACACCACCAAUCCCAGAGCCUUCAAUGCGGAAACCUGCAAAGUCUACCUCAGCCACUGAGAGUACUGGGUUUGGAAGAACAAUCUCAAAGAAGUCUCUUGAUAUGGCUCUCAAGCAUAUGGAUAUCCGGCAUGGCGCAGGGAGCAUUCGUUCUCUCUCAGGCACCACCCUUUUCCCUCAGAGCAUUCGCUCUAGCGCUCCAAAAAGUCAACCUGCUCGUCCAUUGGAUCCUCCAGUUUCAGUAAGCAGUAGCAGUGACCAACCUGUAAGCAGUAACGGUUCCAUGAUAGAGAACGGAAAUUGUAUGGAUAACUCACUAGAUGGUGAGGUCGAAGAAGAUGAUGGUCGAUUUUCUGCAAAACUGAGUGAGCCAGACAUUUAUGAGAGUACCCGAUAUGAUGCAAUUCUGCUCAAAGAAGACUUGAAGAACACAAACUGGCUGCACAGUGUUGAUGAUACAUCUGAACAGGGGCCCAUAUUUGAUCACCGGUUUGAGUCACUACCUGAACCAUUUGGUCUUAUAUGAAUUUUGAAGUGCUUGUUUAUGUUGAAAGUUUCUGUUAUUUAUAUGAUUUGAUCGAGAAAGGAUCCAUGUAACCGAUCCUUUUCAGUUGGGAUAAGGUUGAGUUGAGUUGUAUUUA